AUGGAGGUCUGUGGAGAGGUCCCGAUGUUGAGGGAUUAUGUGCUCAGGUGUCCACGGGAGAUGAAUGGGAGCUGUUCUCGGGGAGGGGGUGAAGAUGUGGUCCAGAGGAGGAGGGGGUGAACUAAAGUCCUUAAACUGGGGCCAGUUAAUGCUUGCUGGGAUACGAAGGACAAUGACGCCGCUAGCGAGACCUAGCUAGCCACUGUCGGGAAAACGAGAGCUAACAUUAAUCGGCGAUCUAACUUCAGUUCAAAGUCUGUUUGUUCCUCUUCAGGUACAAUCUUCACAGGAUUAAAAACAACUUGUUGUGCGGGUUAUUAAUCCCACAAAACUUCACCGAAAGAAUGAAUGAAUCUGUUGGAUACACAAAGCUGCUCCGAUCGUCUCCUCUUCUCAAACUUUCUCCUCUCACUCUCCCAGCUGACACACACACUCGCACCAAAUCACACGCGCACUGAUACAAACAUAUCAGCCUAAUUACAGCAACACUGAAAGGACGUAUAUCUCCGCUGUAUGAAUGACAUCGGGCACAACAACAACAAUAACAACUGUACAUCGCUGCAGUAACAAUAAUAAACAGGAUCUCAAAUAACAAACCAGAAGUAAAGAAGAAAGAGGGCUUAACUGGGCAGGGAGCAGUGGGAAGCCUAUGUUACUGCUUAGAGGGGUUCUUAAAGUAAAACUAUAAAACUAAUCUUCUAGCCACUUCUGAGUCUUCAAUACAAGUACUAAUGUCGGACAACAGACACGCCUCUUUAUUUCUCUUUAUGUCAACGUCAGAUGUUGAAUGAGGGACCGUCAAUAAAUUACCGGUUGAUGUUUUCAGGAAAAGGCUGUUUUCCUUCAACAUGUCAUGUGACCAAAAGACCUUAAAAUUGAUUUCAAAUAAUAGUACUUUUGUCAACCAUAAGAUACACACUAUUUGAUCAAUUUUCAUUGUGUUCCUAAAGUUCUUUGUGUGCUCCUUACUUCUUUAACUUAGGAGAACAUGUGAACAAAGUUAGUGUCAAGACCUGCCUGCUGUUGUCUGAAGGACCUGGUUUUCUGUAUGCAGAUGAGGUCAUCUGAAGACCCUGGAAGAUUGGAAAGUGUUACCUUCUAAGCAGGAACUUUUCAAGGGGUCCAUAAGUUCCUCGAGAACUAAAUUUCAACCCUGGUUCCAGACCUAAAGUCCCUUAAUAGAUACCUAGUUCCAGCAGGAAGUUCUCGCUGUCACAAAGCGCCCUGGAAAUAAGAUUACUAACAUGACUGUAACACUGAACUUUUGAAUCUCCAUGUGCUGUUUGACAGGCUGAGGGUGAUACAAAUGGUUUGGUUCCUGGUGGGAACUCUUCUGAUUCUAAUCCAACAAAGGUCAAUGGCAGCGAAGCUUCACAGGGGGUCACCUCGACCAGCCCUCCACUUCAGAGCCAGACCACCGGUGCCCACGAUGGCGGGAAGAUUGAGCUUUCCACAACAACAAGAAGCAGCAGCACAUCACCUUCAGGAGGACAGAAACCUUCAACAGUGAGCUGUAAGUCUGAGUUUGUCUUCCUGUGUGUGUGGUAACCACAACCAUCGCAUGCUCAUGUUCUCUGAAAGUGCUGCAAACGCGCUGAAACUCACCGAAACCACCAAACAGACACAUUCAGACUCGCAGGCGACGGCUGCUAUUUCACUUCAGCUCUCCAGGCAUAGACACGUCUCCAAAGUUCAGUUUGAACCAACACUUUCUGAGUUACACAAAUAAACCUAAAACAAAACAAGAAACACGCUCUGCUUAUAUGAAACAAAUCAUAAAUACGCUGUUUCACCUUUUUCUAAGAUGAUAAUUGAAUGCUUUAAAUGUGAACAACAAAAGUAAAGAAAAUGCUUGAAUAUAAGAUAAAUUAAAAUUUUCAAUAAGUUUAAAUAUACAAAAAAUUACCAGCGAAAUCUAGAAAAUGGUCUGUAGACUAAUCAAUACUGUACAUAAUUGCAAGCAUUAGUCAUGCAAUCCAAAUAUCCAAUAUGAUGACUUAAAGGGAUUAAAUUUUAAUGAUGCAAAUUUAAAUAUUUAUCACAUUUCACGGCAAAAAUGUUAUUUUUAACUCUUAUUAUGAUAAAAAAAAAAAGGGAGGUGAUCAAGGAACAGCAAGGUUGUAAAAAUAUAGAUGACCCUUUAUUUGUUUAAUUUAGUGGAAGAUAACUUUCAAAGCAGUCACUUUUAGGGACCAAGUUUUUAUAAAAUGAAAAAAAAACAUUUAUGUGUUGUGUUUAGAGAAAGAUUUUAUUGAACAGUCAAACUCAAUGAAACUGUCCGAUCCUUCAAAAUAAAUCUCUAAAACUGGAACUCGAGAAAUUGGUGUAUAAAACGGUAUCAUCAGCGUAUAAAGAGACACAGUAAAGCUCGGUUGAUUCUUUGUUACAGUUUUAUUAUUCCUUCUGUUUUAUCCAUAACAAAAUUGACUUUAUUGUCUCAUUGUUCCAACUGGUUUUAUCAUCAUUAUUAUUAUUAUUAUUAUUCCAGUGCUGUUUUAUUUGUUUUAUUUAUGUAGCUUUUUACAUUCCACUUGCACAGCACUUUUGUCACUUUUACAUGACCUAACAAGUACUUUUGUUGUUGUGUCAAUAGACAAGGGUUAGGUUUUGGCUAAAAGGAAAAAAAAUUGGCAACUUUUUUGCCUCAACAGUUGACUCUUGGUAAAAAGUGAGGGGGAAAUCCACAAACAUUAAACUCUGGUUACUUUCUAGACUCUGUACUUGUUUAAAAAUAACCCUUUAACCUUCAGCGUACUGAAUAAUAACCUGCUGUUUGUCUCUUUUAGCAACGACCGAUAAGGAGGUCAGUUCCACCUGGGGUAAGGAGGUUUUUUUAUUAUCAUUUUUCUAGAACAUUAACUCGUCUGAUAAAUUACUUUCUGGUCAGUUUGCAAUUUUAAUUAUUUUUUCUCUCACUGCUAUUUCUGCUAAAACCAGGACUAAUAAUCCCUGAAUUUCUCGACUUUUUAACUGGAAGUUCUUCAGCGUGAGAAGGUGUCAUUCAUAAGCUCAGCGGUGUCAUUUAUUUCAUUUCAUUAUUGUCAUUUAUUUUUAACUACUGUCCUAGUCCCAGUUUACCAAGAGUUCAGUUAAAGGGAUAUUCCGGCGUAAAAUUAAUUUAGGGUCAAACACACCGUAACACAGAGUUAGACACCCCUGAGAGAUGAAUGUUGCCAACCGCUUGCUUCUCUAGUUAUACCAACUUUAGUAACGACCACACGAUAGCAAUACACAGCGGUCUGAGGAGCCAUAAACAAACCUCAACCAAAACACCACUCUAUAGCCACAAAUAAUGCUCAGAACAGCACCUAACUUCAUCAACAGUACAUAUAGGGUCACAGACAUAGUACUAGACACCAAACAUCUUUUUAACUUUGACUCAUUUCUUUAGCAAAGAGACUAAACACAACUCACCUACUCUCUUCCAGAGACCUCAGGCUAGUCGAUUACAGACUACAGCGGGGUUUCGCAGCUCAAGGAUGAACAUUUAUGAUCAUGUUUUCAUGAAAAUACAAUCAGUUCGAGAUGCUAAGACAGAAGAACUACCACGUCUGUGGUCAUCACUAAAGUUGGUAUAACUAGAGAAGCAAGAGGUUGGCAACAUUCAUCUCUGGAGGGGGUGUCUAACUCGGUGUUACGGUGUGUUUGACCCUAAAUUAAAUUUACGCCAGAAUAUCCCUUUAAUGACACAUCAUUUUAGAUUUCGGUGUUUGAGUCCCAUCUUUUGGGGUCAAAUCUUUAUUUUUGUUUUCAGAUUACGUUAGUGGGUGUCUGACACCUGAUUGAUUCGACCUCUCUAAGGGUCCACGAUUAAAACCUUAAAUACGCUUGUUUGUUCCGUUCUGGUUUUAGACUUUAAACUCUUUUAUUCUCAUCGUCAUACUCUCUUGAUGAUUUGACCUUUGACUUUGACUCAUAUUUGAAUUUCCUCUCCGUCUGUCUCAACAGUUUAUGUGACCCUGGUCUUGAUCAUCUUGGUGAUCAUUGUCCUGUGCAUCAUCCUCUACCUUCUCAGGAGGGUCUCCAGGGUAAGGCAGCUGUAUUUAUAGAGGAAAGGGACCGACAUUGACUUAAUUUCAGUGGUGAAAGUUUACACACUCAGCGUUUCUGUUUGUUUGUCUAGUCGUACUCAUUUGACCUCCAGCGCCCUGUCACCACCAACCAUCUCAAUGAACCCGCCGGCACCUUUGAACAAGUCUACGUGGAUGACUUGGGUAUGUGUGGUUUCAUUUAAACUGCUGGAAUAUGACUGUAUAUGUGUUUAUCCUGAUAUGAGUGUUUUGAUUUGUGUGUCGUCUACACAUCAGACCGGUCGGACCCUAAAGAUCAAGUCAUCCUCGAUGACCUCUCACCCACGCCGGUCGCUAACGGCACAGCCGUCCAGUCCGAAGAGAAGAGUUCAAACGGAGACAAUGGUUCAGAAUCAUGCGCAGGUACUGGUGGCCAUGUUUGAUGUGUAAGCAUUUUUACUUACCCGUCUCUGAUGUCUCACCUCUUUGGGCUCCGGUCCCUCUCUCCAGCUCCACAAGAAGAGCCAGACGAACUCUAUGAAGGGACUUCGCCCGCAAGUCCAACUCUCGGUGAUGAACAAGCCGACAACCACUCUACCAACAGCAUCAACCUGUUUUUUGACAUGGCUGGAGAGGAGCAGCUGAAUGGAAACAACAACAACAACCCAUGUAAGAUAAAAAAUAAAAACAGAGGACAAGAUUUACGAAACUUUACUUGCAUUCAGUUAGAAAAGCAGCAGCAGACAACAAACUGCAAUUCUCAACAAGAUGUUCCUAUUUAUCGCAAAGGAGAAAUUUGUUACCUCUCUCAUAUUGUUGUAUUUGAUCUUUAUUUGAUUUCUCUCCCACGUACACUCUGAAACACUUCCCAUUUAUCUUUGACCUUUGAUUGGCUAAUGUAACGUCAUAGACAAGGUCAUCUGGUGCCAUCUAGUGGGCAUAAAUGUUAAAGCCCGUAAAGACUUUUUAUGCAACUGUAAGGAAAAAUGAAUUUUUAUUGCUGAGACAUUUUAAAACUUUUAAAACUGUUUUCAAAGAAAACAUUUUCCAAGAAUUCUUUAAGUAUAAAUACCAAAACACAGCUGCCAGCCUUUGGCCACUAUAUAUGAUAAGAACCCCAAAAAAUCCUCUUUAUAAUAUCUUAUUGGUCAGUAAACUGGAAACAUUUGCUGUUAAAAAUAUUUAAAAAGGGAGAACAUGAUAAAAAGUUUAAUUUGGCCAAGCUGAACCAAACAAGUCAUUUGGUCUUUAUCAACGUCAUCUUUUGACUCUUCAUCUUUGGAAACCUUGUCUCAAAUAUUACACUUAUUUUUGUGUCCGUCUGUUUUUCCUUUUAGCCGUUUGUUCCAGUGACCCGUUUGUGGAGAUAAACCUGGAUGAUCCGGCGCUGUGCGACCAGCUCCUCACCUCUCCAGGGGCGUCCUCCUCUGUCCUCCCUUUCUCUCCUUUCUCCCUCUCCUCUUCCUCCUAG